AUGAUUCGACGGUUGAUAUUAUUCGCGUUGAUAGCUUGCUGUCUCCAGUUGACAGUGGCGAAAUCACAAAGACGUCCAUCGUUGGCCAAAACAAAUGUAGAAGAAACUACAACUCCCGAUUAUACUGAUGCUGCUGCUGUUGAUGACGAUGAUGCACAUUAUGUAGACUCCAAUGACUACGAAAUUCCCAGCAUCAAUUUUGAAGAUCUUGUCACCGAUAAUCAUAAAACAAUUCACCCAUCGCGGGCAUUUUUGGUCCCCGUGUCAUUGGAUCAAUUAUCGAGAAUUAUUAUAACAAAGCGUCCAACGACAAGAAAACCAAAACCACCAACAUAUUAUCCACCACCACCACCACACUAUUAUCCUCCGCCGCCGUAUAAACCUCCACAGUACUACCCACAGUAUCCGACUCCAUUCCCUCAUCCACCAAUAGCUACUACAGUGGCACCAACGACAUCACCAAGUGUAGUGCCACCAACGCAGCGACCACCAUAUCCACCAUAUCAUGGAUAUUAUCCUCCACCACCACCAUUUUAUCCACCACCUUACUAUGGUUAUCCAUAUUAUCCAUAUUACCCAGUAGUACCGCCAACAUUGCCAACUGCUGCACCGACCACAACGACGACGACAACAACAACAACGAGGGCACCAACACCACCCACGGAAAAUCUUAUUACAGGAAGGAAUACUAGCGCUUGA